AUGGACUUUCCUUACAGUCUACCACUACUCCUAAGAAAGCAAAUAAAGGCUUUUGGUUUGGUGUUUGAACCCUUUGAAUGUAGUCCUGAGCUUAGCAUUUAUAGGAGUCCUGGAGGGACAUUCGAGGUUGACAAGACCUGCGUGGUGGAGCCUGGCGGGGCAAGUGGGUAUCAAAUCGGCAUUUGGGAUCGUGAAGCAUGGUGGUCUAGGGUUGAGAAGCAUGGUGGUAUGACCUCCAUAAAUCUCGGCAAAUCUCAGCCACCGCCCUGA